AUGGACGCCCACCCAGACGAGAAUUUGAAGGCCGAAGUCAUCGUUCACGAGGAAGAUGUCCGGGCAAAGAAAAUCAUCAGGAAGGUGCUUUGGAAAUUAGACACACGAGUGCUACCUGUGCUGGCUUUGUUGUUCCUCUGCAGUUUCCUUGACCGAACCAACGUGGGCAACGCGAAGAUCCUGGGCCUGGAGAAGGACUUGGGCAUCACUAACGGACAAUAUGCCAAUAGUCUUUGCAUCUUUUACGCAUUCUACAUUGCCUCUGAACUGCCCUCCAACCUCGUCCUGAAGCGCAUCAGUCCUCGGGUAUGGCUGCCAACGCUCACCGUUCUUUGGGGCAUCGUCGGCAUGUCUCUUGGCUUCGUCCGCAACGAAGCUGAUUUUCUUGCUGUGCGCGCUCUCCUGGGUCUAACUGAAGGUGGCCUGCUGCCUGGCAUGGUCCUGUACCUGUCGUCCAUGUACACUAGAGGCGAGCUUGCCUUACGCAUUGGGCUAUUUUACACAACGGCGUCCUUGUCGGGCGCGUUUGGGGGUCUCCUCGCACGAGGACUGAGCGCCAUCCCAACCACAUCGACCGUCGAUGCUUCCUGGCGCUGGAUCAUGAUCAUUGAGGGAUUACUGACCUCCGUCAUCGGCGCUCUGGCUUAUCUCGUCCUGCCGAAUUCAGUCGCGACUGCCUCAUUCCUAUCUCAAGAGGAGAAGGAGGUCGCACAGUCGCGGCUGCAACAAUCACACACUGCUACGCUUCCACUAUCCGCUGGACCACCAGAUCCCGAACGCUUCAAAUGGUCCGAAGUCGCCCGUGGUCUCAAGUCGCCACAGCUCUGGCUCAGCGGCACGGCGUACUUCGCCAUCCUCGCAGCUCUGUACUCGUUCGGCCUCUUCCUGCCCACGAUUGUAGUCCAACUGGGCUACACCGCCAACAAGGCACAGCUGAUGUCAGUCCCACCCUACGCGGUCGCCGCCGUCAUCACGGUCGUCAUUGCCUACAUCUCCGACAGGCUCAAACUGCGUGGCGUGGUCAUGCUCUUUUCUCUACCUGUGGCAAUCAUCGGCUAUGCCGCCAUCUCGCAACUACCGGACAGCAACCCGAACGCCAAGUACGGUAUGGUCUUCCUCAUGGCCACGGGUUUGUAUGGUUCCGUGCCACCCGUCCUGGUGUGGAUCAGCAACAAUUCUGCUGGGCACUACAAACGCGCUACUACGACGGCGGCGCAGUUGGCGAUUGCCAACUGUGGCGGGUUCGUUACGGCAUUCAUCUACCCGAAUAGUGAGAAGCCGAGCUAUCGGAAGAGUCAUGAGAUUGUGCUAGGGCUGCUUUGCUAUGCUUGGCUUGCAGUCCUCCUGAACGUCUUUUACUGUGCGAAAGUCAACCGAGACAAAGCUCGUGGAAAGUACGACCGCUAUGCUGGGUUGGGAGACGAUCGUGAGCCAGCGUUCAAGAUGGUGUUGUGA